CAAGCUUCUCAACGUGUUCUCAUUGCAACCAUGAAUGUCUGUGUAGUGUUAUUACUGUUGGCCGUUAUCGGUGCUGCAGUGUCUGAUGAUGUUGGCAAAGGAGAGAACACCAGGAUGGAUAAGCCCGUCGAGAGAGAGCUACAUCACCUGUCAGAUGAAAAGAAAUCCGAAAUGGUAAAUCGCAGAAAAGAAUAUUUGAAAGCUCAUCCCGAGGUCGAAGGCAGUCCCAAGCUCGCCCAGGAAGUAAGCAAAUUGCUGAGAAAUAAAAAGGAAAAGAUGAUGGGAAUUAAACAAUCGGAGCUCUCUUCCGAAGAGAAGGUUUUACAAUUAGAAAAUCUGAAGCAAGACUACAGAAGCCAAAUUAAAACCCUCGCGAUAGAAGCUAAUGGCCGCGCCGAGCUCGCUGCCGAGCGUCGACGCACACUGGAGCUGAGAAAAGAACGUAAAUCUGGAAGGGAAAGCAAUCUAGGACAUCCCAAGUUUGGAGAAUCUAAGAUGGAAAAUUAAUGGACAGUAACAGUCGGAACAUAUUUAUUGACAUGGUUGAAUUGUCAUUUUCUGGAUUGAUUAUUUAAAUUUGCCAUCUAAUAAAUGAUUUACAAUACAC